AUGCCAGAUCCAUUAUCUGUCUAUGUACCAUUGGAUUCUCUAACCGAGGAAACAAUUGAUUCUAUUAUUUUGACUAUUCAACAAUCUGAUAGAAGAGAUUGGACCUUCAGUAAACGUACUUUACUUGCUUUUUUGCUUGCAAUCAAUAAUAAAGUGAACGAAAUCGAAAACAAUAAAUCAAACAAUAAAUUCGAUGAACAAACUAUACAACAUGUUGCAAAAUUACAUCCUGAUAUAAAUCAAUCUCGUGAAUAUAUGUCCUGUUUUCGCAGUCAUGGUUGGGAACCUAAUGAAUUAAAAAUCUAUUGGAAUUUGCAACAACUUGAAAACCUUUGUCCGAAACAUGAAACAAAAGCUAAGCAAGUAGAAGAAAGAGAUAAACAAAACAAUGAUGUCAAUAAUGAAACGAAACUUGAAAAAAACGAAGAAACAAAAGUCGAAGUAAAAAACGAAAAUACCAAUGAAAUAAACGACCAAAUGAAAGAGGAACCCAAAGAAGAAGUAAAAUGUGAAACAAUAGCUGAAUUAAAAGAUGAUAACCUACCACCACAUGACCCAUCUGAUGCUGAUGUCGUAAAAGCUCUACGUGAGCAUCCUGUAUCAAAACGAAAUAAUGCCGGACAGAUUAACUAUAUCAACAAAGGUAUUGAAAAGGCUGUUUUUGAUAUACCUGAAGAUGCUCAAAUAAUUGUUCUUAAUUUUGCUAAUGAACGAUCUCCUGGUGGUGGAUAUUUAAGACAUGCCUGGGCACAAGAAGAAAUUAUACUUUACAAUUCGGAUGGCUAUCGAUCAUUGCUUGAUCUAAAAUACGGCCGCAUGGGUGGAGGCUAUGCUAUACCUGAAUUUGGGCUUGCAUAUGUUCGUGAUAUAUGUUUUUUUGAUAAAGAAACAGGCAAGAAUCGCAAAACCGAUAUGCUAGUUUCUGCUUGUUAUUGUCUUACUGGUUCACCACAACUUUAUGAUAAUCCAAAGACGGAGGAAGAGUGGGAAAGAAAAACUUUGGCUAAAUUUAAUGCAUUCAUGGCUGCAGCUGUUGCUAAUACAAAAGAUGAUGGAUCAAAUACUUAUCUUUUACUUGGACCAAUAGGUACGGGUGCUUUUGGAAAUAAUGUCAUUGAAAUUGGAAAAAUUUUUCGGAAAGUACUUACGUCAAAGUUGAUGGGUUCAAAUGGUCCUGUUACCAAAGCUUUCGAGAAUAUUUGGUUUGUUUCGACAGAUGAAUGGAAAAAUGAUGAGUUCGAAAAGAUCAUGCGAUCUAUUUAA